AGUUCCGGACAGAGAAGCGGGGAACGCUUUAAAGCGCCAGUGGUGAGUUCUGGAAACUACAACUACCAAAGGGCUACGAGCUCCAGAGUAGUUUUUAGUUCCCGUCGGUUGACCUUCUGGGCUACUUCUGAGGGGUCAACUUGACUGGCCAUCAAGUUCAGCGCUGCCCAGGUCGUUGUUUGUCUCGGCUGGUGAUGAAAUGGGGGUCAACCAGUCCGUGGGCUUUCCCUCUGUCACAGGACCCCACCUCGUAGGCUGCGGGGAUGUGAUGGAAGGUCAGAGUCUCCAGGGGAGCUUCUUUCGACUCUUCUAUCCCUGCCAGGAGUCAGAGGAGACCACGGAGCAGCCCCUGUGGAUCCCCCGCUAUGAGUAUUGCACUGGCCUGGCCGAUUACCUGCGGUUUAAUAAGCGCUGGGGGGGUUUGCUGUUCAACCUGGCUGUGGGAUCUUGUCGCCUGCCUGUUAGCUGGAAUGGCCCCUUUAAGACAAAGGAUUCUGGAUACCCCUUGAUCAUCUUCUCCCAUGGCAUGGGAGCCUUCAGGACACUGUAUUCAGCCUUCUGCAUGGAGCUGGCCUCCCACGGCUUUGUGGUGGCUGUUCCAGAACACAGGGACGGGUCAGCCGCGACCACCUGUUUCUGCCAGCAGGCCCCAGAGGAGAACCAGCUCCCUAAUGAGUCGCUGGAGGAGGAAUGGAUCCCUCACCGUCAGAUUGAAGAAGGGGAGAAGGAAUUCCAUGUCCGAAAUUGCCAGGUGCAUCAGAGGGUAAGCGAGUGUGCACGGGUGUUGAAGAUCCUGCAGGAGGUCACUGCUGGGCAGAUCGUCCUCAACAUCUUGCCUGGCGGGUUGGAUCUGAUGACUUUGAAGGGCAGCAUCGACAUGAGCCGCGUGGCUGUGAUGGGACAUUCAUUUGGUGGGGCCACGGCGAUACUGGCUUUGGCCAAGGAGACCCAGUUUCGGUGUGCUGUGGCACUGGAUGCUUGGAUGUUUCCUCUGGAACAUGACUUUUACCCCAAGGCCCGAGGCCCUGUGUUCUUUAUCAAUGCUGAGAAAUUCCAGACAGUGGAGAGUAUCAACUUGAUGAAGAAGAUAUGUGCUCAGCACGAGCAAUCCAGGAUCAUAACUGUCCUUGGUUCUGUUCAUCGGAGUCAAACUGACUUUGCCUUUGUGGCUGGUAACUGGAUUGGUAAAUUCUUCUCCACUCAAAACCGUGGGAGCUUGGACCCCUAUGAAGGUCAAGAGAUUAUGGUGAGGGCCAUGUUGGCCUUCCUGCAGAAGCACCUUGACCUGAAAGAGGACUAUGACCAGUGGAACAGCCUCAUUGAAGGCAUUGGACCGUCGCUCAUCCCAGGGGCCCCACACCAUCUGUCCAGCCUGUAGGCACAGCUGGCCAUUUGUGAAAGGUCACUGAGCUGAGUUCCCAUUCGGGGCCUACCCAGGGACACCCGUAGCCUCCUAUUGAGAAGUGGCUGAUGGUGACCCUUCUUCGAAGAUUAAGAGGAUGAAAUCACACUGCUGAUUAGAUAACUGGGUACUUUGAUCUUGGACUUGUUGAUCUCAAACUCAUGCUGGGGUGUGGAUCACUUACUGAUCGGCAAACUGACUUUCUGGGAACUGAACCCUGAUGGUGUGGGGAACAAGCAGUGGGGUAGAGUUGGGGGGGGGGCGGUGCUUCCAGCCCCAAGCUCUAUUAACCCAGUGGCCUACUCCCUCACCUCGGGCCGGUGUGGCUUCUGCAGUGGAAGGAAGGAAGCCGAAGGAUGGAGUGAAAUUUCCACCUUCAGGACCUCUAGCCCAGCCUCGCACUGUCUCCUCCCACCUCUCCGCCUUCUCCCUCCCCAGGGCCACUUGGUAAGUUCUGAUCACUUUAGGUAACUUCCUAGGAUAGACACCACCGUUUUCUGUAUAUUUUCAAGCCUUCUUGUUGCAUGAAACAUCAGGACUCAGACUUGUGAGCCCACGGAGGAGGGCAGAAGCAUUGUCCUCACAGCCUAGGGAGGGAAGCGCAGUCCACACUGGUACCGCAGAAGUUUCUGGAUGUCGUGGACUUUUGCUAAAAAUGUAUCUUGACAAGAAUCAACACAAGUUGGUUGAGAUGAAAAAGAUAGAUUAACACCAUUAAGUGGCCUUUUGAACAGGCCCUUGCCACAAGAGGGAGGUAGUUUGGUUGGUUAGAAUUCAGGCAACCACCCCUGGAGAGGUCUAGGGACUCUUUGGUCUUGCCCCUUACGUCAGAUGCCAUGAGCCUCCAACUUGCCUGGAAUCAGGGUGCUGUAGUCUGUUUUCUGGCUCUGAGGCCCUAGCCUCAAAUGUAAGUCAAGAUAUAGACUGAAUUUCCAUUCUGUUCCAUUUAUAAUAUGAAUGAUAUUAAUACUCAUGUUUGCCUAAUGAUAUGUUGGAAUAUUUUCUUUAUUUAAUCUGCAUUAGAGCAAGAUGGCGAGCCAUCUGGAAGUAACUUUUCCUUCUGUCUUUCUUUGUUCACUUACCACUUAUGCCCAUGUGGAAAAAGACUUUAAAAGGAAAGGAAAUCUUCCUGGGGAUCGAAUUCAAAGUUGUCUGGGAACAUCAACCUGAAACCCUCCUCUCCACUACUCUAGACUUCAUACCUCUCAGCCCAGGUAGUAGAGGACCCCAGAUGAGGCAGGAGCAAAGGGGAAAUGCAUCUACACAGUAGGUCCAAGGUCAGUGCCACCAAAGCAGGCUGGGACCAUGUCUUCCAUCUUGUGACAGCUCUUCUCUCUAAGAUGUGAAGCGUCAGCUCCCCUGAGGCUGUGGACCUUGGGAGGAUCUAUGAAUUCCAGUGAGACAGAGCAUAAGGAGAAUAUCAUUUCAGUGCUGGGUUCUAGAAUUCUGUAUCCUGGUUUUGAGUCCUGACUCUACCACCGCUGAGUAAAUUUGAGCAAAUUAUGUUCUCUUUCCAUUCUUAGUUCCUGAAUUUCUAAAAUGGGGAUCUGCAUCAUGAAUUGUUAAGAGGAUUAAGUGUAAAGAUGAGUGACCCAAGGCUCAUUUAAAAGUAUGUUUCUGGGGCACUGGGUGGCUCAGUUGAUUAAGCGUCCGACUCUUAAUUUCCGCUCAGGUCAUGAUGUCACGGUUCUUGAGUUUGAGCCCCAUGUAGGGCUCUGCGCUGACAGCAUGGAGCCUGCUUGGGGUUCUCUCUCUCCCUUUGCCCCUCUCCCCUGCUCUCCCUCAAUCUCUUUCUCAAGAGUAAAUAAACAUUUAAAAGUAAAUAAAUAAAAGUAUGAUUCCUACUUUCUGAAUAUGUGAGAUUUUUGUAGUUAUCUUCUAACUGUUGUUUUCUGGCUUAAUUGCUUUGUGGUCAGAGAAAAUAACCCAUAUGGUGUUCAUCCUUCAGGAUUUGUGGAAACUUGCUUUUUGGCCCAGUAUAAGGUCAGUUUUGUAAUUUAAAUGAUUUAAAAGACUAUAUAUAAGGA